CCCCUCCCCUCCCCUCCCGGGCCUCCCUCCUGCUCUCUGCCCGGGCCGGGGCACCGGAGGCGGAUUCCCCGGAUCACCGCAGGCUGUCCCGGACCGGUCGGUGUGUGUAGGCUACGGUUCACGGAGCUACAAGGGAACAGCGGCGGCAGGGUGUACACUGGGUUCCGUGCACGUAGCGGCCCUGCUGGGCGGAGCAAAGAGCAGGUGGGCGGUGUCCGUCUGCACAGCACCUGAGAUACAAGCUAUCGGAGACACUUAACUCGUGGCCUUUCGGUUUCGUCUUUAUCGCCACCGAGAUAACGAGACAUUUUCCUGGCAUCGCCCCUGAUUGGGUCCGAGGGAGACCCUGGGCGUGACGGAGAGGCUCCUCGCUGCCCGCCCGCCUGGCCCACCCUCCCAUCCCUCCCAAGAAGCUGUGUGGGGUUUUAAAUCCAGUUUGGCUUUAACCUGCUGCUGUCUGGAAGAAUGAGCACCUACACCGUGUCGCUGCCCGGCCCCGGCCCCUGGGGCUUCAGGCUGCAGGGGGGCAAGGACUUCAACAUGCCGCUGACCAUCUCCAGGAUUACUCCGGGCAGCAAGGCGGCGCAGGGUAACCUGGUCCAAGGUGAUGUCAUCGUCGCCAUCGAUGGCGUCGGCACCGACGGGAUGACUCACCUGGAGGCCCAGAACAAAAUCAAGAUGGCCAACUACAACCUGGCGCUCACUAUGACCAAGGCGAAGCGUACGGCUUUGAUGCAGAUACCAAGAAUCGACGCUGGCGCUAUUCCCCUGAUCCCUCACCAACAGGUUUUCGCCCCCGCUGGUCCCAACGCCCAGCUGCCCACCCACAAGCCCAUCGAGGUGAAGGGCCCCGGGGGGAAGGCCACCAUCAUCCACGCCCAGUACAACACGCCCAUCAGCAUGUACUCGCAGGACGCCAUCAUGGACGCCAUCGCCGGGCAGACGCACGGGAUGGGCCACGGCGCCGGCCAAUACGCUCAGCCUCCUGCCAUGCACCAGGCUCCACAAGCCCCGCUCCCGCAGCAGUACCAGCCAAUCCCGCAGCAGUACCAGCCAAUCCCGCAGCAGUACCAGCCAAUCCCGCAGCAGUACCAGCAGCCGAUCCCGCAGCAGUACCAUCAGCCAAUCCCGCAGCAGCAGUACCAGCAGCCAAUCCAGCAGCAGUACCAGCAGCCAAUCCAGCAGCAGUACCAGCAGCCCCCCACGCAGCAGGCCCCGCCCACUCAGCAGAGCUCCAUCCAGGUUCCUCUUGGCUCCGGCCCCCCUAAGGUGGUCAGCACCGCCUGCAUCUACCCCUCCCAGCCAGCUCCCGCCCCGGUGCCGGCUACCCCCCCGGCGCCGGCGCCCCCAUCUGGCCCCGACUCCUCCAACCGCCCCCCCUGGGUCUCCGACACCAACUUCGCCGACAAGUUCGACCCCAGUAAGACGACCACGGGCACCGCGAAGGUGCAGCCGCUGCCCCAGGGAGCCCCCCCCCCGGUGUUCAUACCCAAUCCCUCCCACGCUGCCCCCCCCACGCCAAGCCCCGCCCCCGCCACUCCAAGCCCCGCCCCCUUCUCUCCCGUGGCGAGGGGCGUGGCCCAAAGGGCGGAGAGGUUCGCCGCCAGCAGCCGCACACCUCUGUGUGGAUCCUGCAACAGUGUCAUCAGGGGCCCCUUCCUGGUGGCCCUGGGCCGCUCCUGGCACCCCGAGGAGUUUAACUGCCACUACUGCCACAUGUCUCUGGCUGACGUCAGCUUCGUGGAGGAGCAGAACAGCGUCUACUGCGAGAACUGCUACGAGGAGUUCUUCGCUCCGACCUGCGCUCGCUGCAACACCAAGAUCAUGGGGGAAGUGAUGCACGCUCUGCGGCAGACGUGGCACACCACAUGCUUCGUGUGCGCAGCGUGCGGCAAAGCGUUCGGAAACAGCCUCUUCCACAUGGAGGACGGAGAGCCGUACUGCGAGAAAGAUUAUAUCUCCCUCUUCAGCACCAAGUGUCAUGGCUGUGACUUCCCGGUGGAAGCUGGAGAUAAGUUCAUCGAGGCUCUGGGUCACACCUGGCACGACACCUGCUUCGUCUGUGCGGUUUGCAACGUGAACCUGGAGGGCCAGCCUUUCUACUCCAAGAAGGACAAGCCUCUGUGCAAGAAGCACGCUCACGCCAUCAACGUGUAGACCAACGUCACCGGGGGCCAACAGACGACGACGACGACAUUUACAAGAUGUGUGUGUGAAACGCAAACGUAUUGCUGAAUACACUUUGGUUUUCCUUUUUCUGUUUCUGUGCAUUGAUAUGAAUAUGAAUGAUUGAUUGAUUGAAACGACGCUGCCUGAUGAUUCUGCUUCAAACAGAGCGAGAAACAAAGUCACGAUGUUCUCCGUUGUCCACACACACACACACACACAAGCACACACACACACACACACAUACAAAGACACACACACACACAAAGUAGUUUUAUUAAAGGUUGGUUCCUCACUACGACGUUGAACAGAAACCACCGACUGAAUAGACACCAAGAGAUCAGCCUGUUGGUACAUAUCGCUGCAGAUGAACCAGCAUCACUGGUGGAGCUACUAACCCUUCUCUGAUGUCACGUUACGAUGCAACACAUAACCUGAAAGCGGCUCCAAGCCUGUGAUAUUUAUCUGAAAGCUAAUAUAUCUUCACUGCUCCGUUCAGCGCUCAACACAUUACUAGUCGUUUCCUUUGUUGUGUGGAUGUUUUGAGCGUUGACGGAUGAUUUUUAUCCGUCAAUAACUGCGUUACUGUUUUGGUGUCUGAGCUGUGAGAGCUUGAAUGUUUAUUAGGCAGUCCUUCCAGAAAAACGCUGAGAUUUUUUGUGAUUGUUGCGGGCAAAAAUCCUUGAUUAUGUGGCACGUUUUCU